AUGUUUGCAUAUGGUGAAGACUCUGAUGAAAACCCCAAUAAGUGCCUUCUUAUUUCAUAUGUAGCAAAGCGAAACAAAAACGUGCUGUUAUUAUCAACCCUGCAUGAUGAUAGUAAGAUCAACGAUGACACUGGAGAUGCUUUCAAGCCCGAAGUUAUUACAGACUAUAAUCUUACGAAAGGAGGCGUAGAUGUGGUUGUCAAAAUGAAAUCUGGAUAUUCAACAGCACGAUUCAGCAAUAGAUGGCCAUAUACCGUAUUCUGCGGGCUUCUGAAUAUAUCAACCAUCAACAGCCAAAUAAUCUAUCGAGAGAAUACAAACAAUAUUAUUACCAGAAGACAAUUUAUAUCGGAACUUAGUAAAUUGCUUGCCGUGCCUCACCUGUAUAGACGUUCUCAGAUUCCAAGUCUGCCAUAUCUACUUAGUCAAAAGAUUAGAAACAUAACUGGAGAAAGACCAACCCCAAAUAGAGACCAAGCCACUCAAGCCAAAGUGAGAUGUGAAUUCUGUCCAUUGAGAAAAAACAGGGUUUUCUUCAGCUCUAGAGGAUUCCAGAAUGAAAGAUCAGAAGAAGAAACCUUCAGUUCGGAAAUUUUAGAUGAAGAAUUUUCAGUGUUUCGUUAGUAUUUUUGUUGUAGUUUAUAACAAUAAUGUUUCACUAAUUUAUAGCUUAAUAGUAUAAGUAAUACUAUACUUGACAAUAUAA